AUGUCAUCGGGUCAUAUUGCGGCCUACACGGCCAUUGGCCUCUCGGCUUUCACCGUUGGACUUCUCUUCUUGAAUGUUCCGCAUAUCAUCUCGAAGAUCACCGAUCUUCACGCGCUCGUUGACAACGAGAUGCAUGAGUUCCACGGAGCUGACUACAAGAUCAAUGCCGAGUACAAGAGAAUCUUCCCCGUUCCAAUCGUUCGUGAGCGUCGUCAGGCUUAUGGACAGUGCUCUUGUGAUGAGUACAAUCGAUGCCCAGCUGGACAACCCGGACUACCUGGAGCACCUGGAUACCCUGGAGAUGAUGGAUAUCCAGGAAGCGCUGGAGCACCUGGACGCCCUGGAAACUACCCUGACAUUGCCUAUGAUUCAAAUGGUGGAUGCAGAAUCUGCCCCAAUGGACCUCCCGGAUCACCAGGAUCUAUUGGACAACCCGGAGCGCCUGGACAAAACGGAAACGCUGGAUCCCCUGGACGUGCUGGAGAUCGCGGAGCUGCUGGAAGCCAAGGAUUCCCUGGAGGACCUGGACAACCUGGAGGAAACGGACGACCUGGAAAUGCUGGAGCGCCUGGACGAAGUGGAACUGCUGGAGGACGGGGAGCGCCAGGACAACGUGGAAACAAUGGAGCGCCCGGAAACUCUGGAGCCCCUGGAAACGAUGGAGCUCCUGGAAACGCAGGAAGACCUGGAGGACAAGGAGGACCUGGACGCCCUGGAGAGCAAGGAAGUCAAGGAGCCCCUGGUUUCCCCGGUGGUUCUGGAUCCCCAGGAGGACCCGGAGUCGAUGGAGGAUAUUGUCCCUGUCCACGCAGAAAAAUGCUC